AUGAGCAAGCAGUUUUCGGAAGGAUAUUCUUUAUUGCGAGAGGAUGUUCGAUCAUUUAUUGUGAACUUACAUACUCAUAUUCAAGAGCAAAAUAUUGUUGAGAUCGAAAAUGAUACUCAAGUCAAGUUUCCUAAAUUGACAGAACAGUAUUUCAUGAGUACUAGGUGGCCAUCUGUAGACAUUGUUGCGCAGAUUGUUGAUGCUGAUCCAAUAUUCUUCUUAUUAUACAAUGAACUGUACUAUCGACAUAUAUAUGCCCAUGUUAGUACCGGCCUUACUCUUGAAGACAGGAUUCAAUCGUUUACAAACUACUGGAAUUUAUUUAACGAACUUAUAAUGGCUAAGAAACCAAUCAAUUUAUCUCUACCUGAUCAAUGGUUAUGGGAUAUUAUCGAUGAAUUUCUAUAUCAAUUUCAAAAAUUCUGCAGUUUUCGUAAUCGGCUAAAACUGAAACCUGAAGAUGAAGCAUUACUUAUGAAAAAUCCAAAGAUAUGGAAUAUACAAAGUGUUCUGACAGUUUUGUAUUCUUUAGUUGAAAAGUCAAAUAUCAAUGAACAAUUAAGUUAUUAUGUGAAGCAAGGUGAUCCAAAUGAAAUAGCCGAUGAGUUCGGACGUUGUAUGCUGUAUAAAAUGCUUGGAUUCUUUAGUCUUAUUGGAUUGUGUCGAUUGCACUGUUUAUUGGGUGAUUAUUAUACGGCUAUUAAAGUAUUGGAGAAUAUUAAAUUCAACCGUUUAGAAAUGUAUCAUGAAGUGCCUACAUGUCAUAUAACAACUGGUUAUUAUGUUGGCUUCUCUUAUAUGAUGAUGCAUUCCUAUCAAGAUGCUGUAUCCACUCUCCUAUCGACAUUAGCCUAUAAAUCACGUGCUAUUGGGCUGAUAUCACAACGUGCUGAUCUUAGAGAAUAUGUCAAUAAACAGGCAGAUCAAAUGAUGUCAUUAUUAGCUAUCUGUUUGACUAUGUGUCCUACAUCGAUUGACUAUAAUAUUGAUAUGGAUAGAAGAGAGAAAUUCACUGAGACGAUUAUUCGGUUACAACAACUUGAUGAAACAGAAUUCGCUAGUUCCUUUGAUCUUGGUUGUCCAAAGUUUAUUUCGCCUGAGACACCGUACUAUGCUAAACCACAACCAUUGUCAUUACCGUCUACCAUGGAUUCAAUCUCACCGCUUGAUUCACAACGUCAACAGAUUGAUCUAUUCAAAUCGGAAAUUGUUCAACAAAUCGAGUUGUUACGUCUUCGUUCAUUUCUUAAAUUGUAUACGAAUAUGUCUGCAUCAAAAUUGGCUAGUUUUAUGAAUAUGUCUGAACCAGCUUUACAUAUGGCGUUGAUGGCAUACAAAUAUCGAUUGAAACAAGCAAUGCUACCAAAUGAUUGUAUUGAAAAUGGUGGUAGUAGUAGUUAUAUAACAUCAGUCAGUGCAGAAAUGAAUGGUUCACAACAAAUGCAUCCACAUUUAGACUUUUAUGUUGAUGGCAAUAUGAUAUUUGUCGCGGAUACAACGGUGGAUAGAAGAUUUUCAGAAUUUUUCAUUCGUCAAAUUGACUUACUGCAACAGAUGAAUAGAACAUUGGAUACAUUGGAACGACGUGUUCACGAAGCCAGUAUACAAGAAUCAAAUGAAACAGCCCAACUUCGAAGCUAA